CCUUCUGACUGAUUUCCUGGAAACCAUAAAGGUGGUGCAAGAAACAACUUGGGAGGUGCAGGAAGUAAUAGCCCCUACACUCGACAGUCUCUUCUUCUCUUCUCUGCAGCUUCUCUCCCCUCAACAGUGAGUAAUUUUGGCAGAAUCUCCGCCAAGUAUCCCAAAAUUUCCUCCAAUCUCUUCAGAGUUCUGCAGACAUUCAUCCACUUUCCCUCUAUAAAACCAUUCACAAUCCCAAUCCAACUUGCAAAACCAAAACCUAGGGUUCCCAAAUCCUAAUUGCACUAAAACCCAGAAUGAAAGCCUCUUUGAAGUUCCGCGAGGAACAGCAAAAACCCCUCUUGAGAGCAAAAGUCCCACUCGGCAUCCUCGGCAUGCCCUUCCAAUCCGGCAUAGUCGCUGGCGAAUCCAAAGAACUCACUCUCAACCUUUCUACCUUCUUCGAAUCGGGUCCUUCUCUCAAAGUUGCGUAUCGACCCAACGACUCAAAGAACCCUUUUUCCUUCAUAGUGAAAACGGGAACCGGACCCUUCGGUUCCCCUCUCAAGAGCUCCAUGCUCAUGAGCUGCGAGUUUAACCUUCCCGGUACAACCGGUACCCCGUUGUUUAUGCUUCACUUCAAACCCCGCUUCGGCGACUUUACUUUCAAGAAGACGCAGUCUUCGAUUUUUGAUGGGAAAGGGUUUGGGUCUUUUAACACGCAAAACGACGCCGUUGAGAAUGGGAAUAAUGCUGAAACGCCGUUGAUGGAAUCGGCCAAGGUUUCGAUUCUUGACUCCGGCGCCUCGAUGUUCUCCGGCAUGGAGGUGGCUGCGCGGACGACUCUGCCGGUGCGGGGACGUGCUGCCGUGAAGUUCCGGUGGGGAGUUAGGAUUCCGGCGGAGUUCAAGGGGAACAACGCGUUUCAGAAGAUUCCGUUUCUCGUAAUGGAUAAGAUCGGCGUGGAGCACAUGAUGGAGUGCGGAGAUUCGAAGAAGGGGAAGGGGGACGCCGGAGAGAAACCGAGGGUUCCGGCUAGUGCUGACGUGGCGGAGGCGUGCUUUGCGGUGAAGCGGCAGAUGGAGGUUCUGCAGGCGGAGAACGGGUUGCUUAGGAACGCCGUGGAAGAUCUCCGGCGAGAAAUUGUCGGCGGCCGAAGCGGAGGCUCGAUUUUGGGGAAAAACCCUAAAAAGAACGAUAGGAAAACGACGUCGGAUUACGGUAAUUUUCCCGGGAAAUCGACGGAGGCUGAAGCGAGUGAGGAAUUGAAGAAAGCAUUAAUGGGAGCAGCUGGUGGUAGUAGUGCUUGAAUUUGAAUCUGUAGAAUUGUGUUUUUCUCUGUUGCAAUUUUAGUUUCAGUUUUGAUGCUGCGAAAUUUUCUUGUGUAGUGUUAUAUAUAUUAUGAUAAUGAUGAUAUAUAGGUUCAUUAGGUUGGUUCGUCAAGGCUGCUUGUUCUUGUAUUCAAUUCAAUUUUGAAGCUUUGAACGGAGGAUCAUGAAAAUAAGAAAAUUUGAGGUUUUUAGUAGUUGGUACGAAAUCAGAAUCAAAUUGGUGUCAAUUGUUAUUGCCAUGCUUGAAAUGCAAAUAUGUUAUCAGUAGGUGAUGAAAAUUUGGUUU